AAUGGAACGCUGAUCAAUUCUACAUUUGGGACAGUACUCCAAGAAGAAAACAAUGUAAACACUACCUUUGAAACAGCAUAUAGUGAUAGAAACAAUAUUAGUACCACGUCUAUUUAUGAUAAGUUUGAACACUCAGAUCACACACAUCAUGAUUCAUUUGAAUCUUUGGUGCAUAGAAUUUUGAUUGUCAUUGUUGCUAUAGUAGCAAUAAUCAUCGGAUGCACAACAAACAUUUGGAUCAUCAUUGCAGCUAUCAUGGACAAAAAUUGCCGCAACAAAAAUUCAUUCAUUAUUGUUCUGGCAAUUAAUGACAUAAUCGGAUGUGGCUUUUUACUUCCAAUACAAAUAUAUUUUAUGACAGUAGAAGAAAUGCUUCCCUCCAUCUUAUUUUGUAAAAUAUAUACAUCAUUCUUGUUUAUGUUCAUCUCGGCAAAUGGAAUGAUACUGAUCUUAGUUGUGAUAGAUCAGACAGUAUAUAUCACGAAACCCCGGGACACUUACAAGAAAUGGUUUCGACGCAGAAAUUGUGUAAUCAUAACAUUUGCAGUAUAUGCUACAAUAUUAGGAUCAAGUGUCUCUUCAUUUCUUAAAAACCAGAAAAUAUAUCAAUUUAUACUUUUGUAUUUGGACUGUGUGAAUCUCAAGACGACAAGCUCUUCAACAAACUUUUUCAUUUCAGUUGGAGUGAUGUCGUUCAUCACAGCAGCUGCAUACAUACGAAUCAUCAUAUUUUUAAGAUACUCCAGGAAAAAUGUCAACUCUAUGAAUAGACUUGGUAUUAAUUAUACCAUACAUCUUCGAUACUUCAUCCUGGUUACAUUUUCUAUUUUGUUACAAUAUGGUCCGAGUGUUGUUUCAUAUUAUGUCAUUGGAUAUGACUUCAAUUAUUGGUAUUUAUACCCAUGGACAAGAGUUAUACAACUAUCAAUGGGAGCUGUUCAUCCUCUUAUAUUUGUAUGGAAAAUGCCAGCUUACAUUAUUGCCUUCAAAGCAUUUAUGAGAUGUAAGUCACCACGUCAACUUCGCAAAGAGAUGCGUAAGAAACAAGUUCUCAGGUUUGCUGUAGUUGAGCUAAAAGAAAUACAACAUGGUUGUAGAACUGAUAAAAUGACACCACGUAAUAUCAAAAAAAUCAAAUUGCCUAUUGACAUAGAACAAAGGACAGGAAAUACAAGUGGUAAUGAAAGAGAAUUAGGAGAAAACAAUGAUGUAGAGAGAAGAAACAAUUCUGAUUUGAAGAAAAACAACAACGAAGUUAAUGUGGGAGGAAAGACAACUAAUAUGGAAAAAGAUGCAGGAAAAACAGAUAACAUGGUGAAAGAUGUAGGAAAGACAAACAAUGUGGAAACAGAUAACGUGGUAAAACAUUCGAGACAGAUUAAUGACAUUGUAAAAGAUACCAGAAACACAGAUAAUUUGGUAAAUGAUGAGAGAAAGACAAAUGGCUUGAGGAAAGAUGCUGAAAAGACAAAUGACAUGGGAAUAGAUGAAGGAAAUGCAAAUUAUGAGGUAAAUGAUGAAGGAAAGACAAAUGACAUGGUAAAUGACGAGGGAAAGACAAAUGACAUGGUAAAUGAUGAAGGAAAUGCAAAUUAUGAGAUAAAUGAUGAAGGAAAGACAAAUGAUGUGGUGAAAGAUGAGGGAAAUGCAAAUUGCAAGGUAAAUGAUGAAGGAAAGACAAAUGACAAGGUAAAUGAUGAGGGAAAUGCAAAUUAUGAGAUAAAUGAUGAAGGAAAGACAAAUGGUGUGAUGAAAGAUGAGGGAAAUGCAAAUUAUGAGGUAAAUGAUGAGGGAAAGACAAAUGACAUGGCAAAUGAUGAAGGAAAUGCAAAUUAUGAGGUAAAUGACGAGGGAAAGACAAAUGACAUGGUAAAUGAUGAAGGAAAUGCAAAUUAUGAGAUAAAUGAUGAAGGAAAGACAAAUGAUGUGGUGAAAGAUGAGGGAAAUGCAAAUUAUGAGGUAAAUGAUGAGGGAAAGACAAAUGAUAUGGUAAGUGAUGAGGAAAAUGCAAAUUAUGAGGUAAAUGAUGAGGGAAAGACAAAAAAUGAUGUGGUGAAAGAUGAGGAAAAUGCAAAUUAUGAGGUAAAGGAUGAGUGAAAGACAAAUGAUGUGGUGAAAGAUGAGGGAAAUGAAGAGACAAAUGAUGUGGUAAAAGAUGAGGGAAAUGCAAAUUAUGAGGUAUAUGUAUAAAAAGAAGUACAAGUAUAUAUGUAUAUUGAUACCAGACUUUCACACCCUGUAUAUUCUUGUCACACUUUCACACCCUGUAUACUCUUACAACACUUUUAAACCAUUUACAUUCUUAACACACUUUGACACCUUGUAUUUUCUGAUCACACUCUGACACCCUGUAUAUUAUGAUCACACUCUGUAUACUCUCUCCACACAUCAAUACCUUAAAUAUUCUU